AUAGCCUCGUCCUGCUGCCUUUAAAGUUAAGCCAGGAAUUAUAUAAUCACAGUAAUCAGGAUAAACAUCAACGCAGGUCAACAAUCUGAUCAAUAUAUGGGGAAGGCUGCAAAGGUGUGAAGUGGACUCGCCCACUUCGCUUCUUCUCAGCAGGACGUGCGUUGUCCUCACGCGCCGCGGACCUGCAGCUGAGUGUCUGUGACGGAGGAGUGUGUGUGUCUGUGUGUGUCUGUGUGUGUCUGUGUGAAGACACCGAGUUUAAAGUGCACUGUCGUCACAGGAAACCCGGAGUUUAAUACAGAGUUUACUGAGGAGCACCGACUUCAUGAAGACAAGAGAAAGAGGUGUUGUGGUUGGAGGAGGAAGAGGAUGAAGAGGAGGAAGAGAAAUCAGAUCCUGGUUGGUCGGUGGUAAUUAGUGGGUGGUCAGUAGGUCACAGCUGUCUGUCGAGACCAACAUGGAACGAGAAGGCUCAUUGAGGAGGAGUCUCCACAGCAAACUGAAGUUGGGCAGCAGCUCUUCCUCCAGCCUGACGGACCUCUCGCAGGCGAAGACCCCAGCGGGGGGAGGUGGUGAGAAGGGAGGAACGGCCGGUGGGCUGGCAGAGGAAAGCAGCAAGGACAAGGGGACGCAGCAGAGGAGGGCCGGGGCCAACGCCACCUGGAACAGCAUCCACAAUGCAGUGAUCUCAGUUUUCCAGAGGAAAGAUCUGGGAGAGAAUGAGCUCUAUACUUUGAAUGAAGGUGUCAGGCAGCUGCUGAGGACAGAGCUGGGCUCCUUCUUCACGGAGUACCUUCAGAACCAGCUGCUCACUAAAGGCAUGGUCAUACUGAGAGACAAGAUCCGAUUCUAUGAAGGUCAGAAGUUGUUGGACUCUCUGGCUGACACGUGGGACUUCUUCUUCUGUGAUGUUCUGUCCAUGCUGCAGGCCAUCUUCUAUCCUGUGCAGGGAAAAGAACCAUCGGUCCGUCAGUUGGCUCUGCUCCACUUCAGGGACAUCAUCACCCUAAACCUGAAACUGGACGAGGCUCUCGCUCGACCCAAAGCCAGAGUUCCUCCCUCUAUCAUACAGAUGCUGCUAAUACUACAGAGUGUCCAUGAGUCUAAAGGUGUGACAGACGACUACCUGCGUCUGGAGUCCCUCAUCCAGAAAGUGGUCUCUCCCUACCUCGGCACCAAUGGCUUAUAUUCCAGAGAUGGAUCCUACAACCCACACUGCUCCUCCUGCCUAUUAGAAAAGCGUUCCUGGUCCUCCAAACCAGGCAACUCCCCUGCUGCCAAAAACCCAGUGGUGCGGUCUAAGAGCUACAACGUUACCAUGCUGACCCCUGUGGUAGAAUACGAUGUGGAUGCCUCCAUUGGAGGCGGCGCAGGUAUCAGGCGACACUCCGUCUCUGAGAUGACUUCCUGUGUGGAGGAGAACAGCUCCGUGGGCGAAUCCGCCUCCAACACCAACAGCAACACCAGCACACCCAGCCUCGCCAGACGCUCCCUGGCUUCAGCAGAACUGGUUUCAGAUACUGUGACCUCCAGCCAGGACCCACAGUCCAGAGUCACUGACAGUCCCACGAGUCUUCACCUUCAGCCUCAGCAUCACUCCCCAGGCAUCCUUCCUGAGCCCUUCCCGUCUAAAGACACACACAGCAGUGGAUCGCUGGAGUGGGACUCCCCCUCGUCCUCCAGAGCGCUCGCUCACGACACGAGCUCCGGCCCCAGUCCAUCCUCCAGUCCAGAGAUCAUGGCGGACCACAUCCAGGAGUCUUUGGAAUCAGAGCCCGAGCAGGACGGCAUCUUUCUUGACUUCUCGCGGCGUUGUUCUGGAGGGUCGACGCACAGCAAGGACAGCGGCAGGCAGAGUGUGGCGUGACACACACACAAGCACUCAGAACAAAGCUGAGCCACUACUGACAUUCCUCCGGACAGCCUGUGAUGCCCCCUGCUGUUUUUCUGGAGAUCAUCAGGGAUUCAGACUGAAUCAUUUUUCUAGAGAUUUUUUAUUCUCAAAUGAUGACCAGUAAAUAUUUAGAUUUGACACUUUUAUUAGAUGCAUUCCUUGAGUUGGACACAUCUGCACUUUUCCCUAAGGGGUAAACUAUAAUCGUAUUGAUCACUUGACUUUGAAACUAACUAUAACUAAUAAAAUAAUUGUAAAGUAGACAGUUGCUUUUUUGUGGGUUUUCUCUCUCAGGUGUGUGUGUUUUAUUUUAAAUAAGUCAGUGGUAAACACACAGGGCCGGCCCUGGCAUUGUUGCGCCCUGGGCAAGAUUUCAAAUUGGCGCCCCCCAACAUACACACGCAAACUGUCAUGCAUCCCCAAUAAUUUUUGGACUGUAUACAGAUGCACACACAGGCAGACAAAAUUGUAAGCUAUAAAAAACAAUAAAAAUAUAUAAUAAAAAAUAUAAAAAGAGUCUGAAAUCAGCUGUACUGAUAGCAUAUCAUGUCAUGUCGACACAGAUAUACUUUUAAUGAUGUGCACAAUCGGGGUGAUUCUUACCUCUAUAUUGUUCUUUCUUCUCCUCCUCUACUUUGCGGUGCUUUCUGAAUUGUGCACCUGAUAAUUUAAUUUUUUUUUUAUUCAUCAUUGACUCUAACUGCAGUCUAUCACCGCAGCGUGUACGUCAGGGACACACCUGAGACGGAAACACAAAUUCUGUGCGAGCCGCUGCCUGACUGUUCACACAGGGAGCCAUCCAGGAGGAUGUUUUAGAUGCUGGCUUGCCUGUCCACGGAGCCACGGGUGGUGACAUCAGCAAAUGUCCCUACUAUGCUGCCAAAAUGAGAAGGUUUUUAUACAUCUCUUUGUAUGCAUCAUGCUGCUAAGAGGAACUGUUGAGAGGUGAAAUGAAACUCCCUUCUUUGUUUCUGUUCAUGCUGAAAUAAAGUGGAUUCACUUGG